AUGAGCUUGCAUUGUCUUCCAAGGAUAGAACGGGUUGGAUUGACCGCUGCUGGUUUGACCGUCUCUACCUGGAGACAGAUUCCUGGGUUGACCAGCUCUACCUGGAGACAGAUCUCAACUUCUUCCAAUUAUUGGGUUCGGGGCAGAAACUCCUCUUUCAGGUUUCGUCGACGAGGUGGCAGUACAGUUGUACUGCUAGACCAGUUUAUUAAACAAACAAAUGUGGACGGAAGUCUUGUGGCGAAAGCCCCCUUUAGUAUCAGUUGUUCUGCUUCUUAUUUUGACCCUGAUCACAAUGUUGACGAAGUAAAGAAUAAGGAGAUAUCAGAGUCAAGAGAUCAGUUCUUUAAAGAGGAGAGGGAUAGGAGAAGAGAGGAGAGUAGAUACAGAUUAGAGAACAAAUUGCUCAACAGUCCAGGUUCCCAAGCAGAGAGUAGCGAGAGGUUUAAACCUCUCCCAGAUAAUGGGGCUGGACUUUUCCUCCAGACUGAGGAUCUUCCAUCUGGAAGAGAAAUAAACGAGGUUGAACAGAGGAUCCUUGAUCAGCUUACAGGAUCGUCACAAGAUCAUGAUCAUCAGGCAUUGUUAAAAAGGAUUCAGAGCCGAACCCGAACCCCUCUUCAUUUUAAACUAUUUGGGAAAUCUAAUAUCAGAGUGGACAGCUAUUCAAUUAUAAGAGCAAGGGCCCACUCCAGCCAUAUUUACAUAUCUGAUGUGGGAAGUGUGGAGGAAGCUGUUGGGAUGAUGACAGAAAACGGAGAAAACGGUGAAGUACGUUUUUAA